GCCAAUAUUUACUAACAAAAAACCCAACAAAACAUUGGCAAAAUAACACUGAUACUCAGGUUCACAAUAGCAUGGGCAAGGAGGCGUCGCCGUCUGGGCGUGAGGUGACGCAAGUGACGGCGGACGUGGUGGUGCUGGGCUGCUCGCUGCCGGGCGUGGUCGCCGCGCACAAGCUCAGGAAGAAGUUCGGCGACUCCAUGGACAUCCUGGUGCUGGACCUGGGCCAGCGCCGCCUGCCCUCGCGAUACAACGUCACCUUCCAGGCCGCAGACGACGAACCACUCACGCUCACCGAAGAACUGAAGGAACGCCUCAAAGAUACACAAAUAGGAAAGUAUGCAUGUGAAUUCGACAUACCGCUCCCCCUCGUCAUCAUCUCACCACAGAGCACAACAGCCGACGACAACUCAUUAGUAAAAUUAUUCCAGUACCAAAACGGCACUACCGUCGUCUGCCCGGAUAAUUACCACGAUUUCUCCUACCUCAACUUCGUGGAGCGGUUCGAGCUCAACCAGUACCAGAACUUACUCGACGAAAGCAUAAUCAGCCUGUUCAGCUGCAAGAAUGCGUCAGCCGAGAGCGAAAGGCAGAAGCUGCUGUAUUAUGACAGGACCACGAUGGAAGAGCAUAUUUGUAGUUGUCUGCUGUUCCACACGUCCCGCGAGCUGAUGCGCCUGGCGGUGCGGCUGGUGUGCGGCGCCGCGCCCGCCGCCGUGUCGCUGCUGUUCUACCUGCACAACCUGCGCCGCACGCACAGCGUCAAGAACUCCCUCGACGGAGACAACUACAUGCACAGAGAAAAGCUGCUCGGGUACUGCCGGAAGAGAAUCACAUCAAAGCUCCUGGCCAAUAUUGACGAGAUUGUCGAGGUGGCCAUGGAUAUUACGAAGAUUCGAAGCUACUCCAACCAGCAGGUCAUUCUUGAAACGAUGAGGGGUGAUACUAAGUACGUGUGUAAACUAGUCGCCAUGGCGCUGCGGCCCGACCAGCUGAAUGGCAUCAACGUAGAUGAGCGACUCCUCUCCAGCACGGAGAAGGUCGACGUCGCCAGAGCCAUUGCCAUGACUAAAGGACGAGUGAGGAGGUUCCAGAUCCAGUACGAAGACUUCUUCUGGCGAGAUUCAGGAUACAGCGGAGAUAUCCUUAGUAUGAAAGGCCCCAUUAUAUGGGCUAUAGAGAAACCAAAGCUUUCGGCUUCAGAUUGCGUAGAAAAGAGCGCAGCUCUAGUCGGAUACUUGCACAUGAAAGAGAACGUGCACGCGUCGUGGGACUCAAAAGAGGCAGUCGUGGAUCAGCUGGUGCAGAUGUUUGGUCCGAAAGCGGCAAACCCAACACGGUACACAGAGAAGGACAUAAUGGAUGUGUACAUCCCGCAGAGUGGAGACUUUGUUUCGCUGAGGGAGAUGAUGACCGAGCAGAACCCGAGGUUCCUAGAGUGGUCUGCGUUCGACGUGUACGCUGAUGGCGAUGUGAUGGCUUCACUAGACGCUGGCAACCGUGCGUACGUCCACCUGAUGCAUUGCUUGCGACCGCAGGCGGCGGCGUAUGACGACGUGAGCGCGCUGCAAGACCCCACCGGCAUCUGCGCCAGCCCCUUCGGCACGUGGCCGUAUCGCCUUAACUACAUGCUGGCCGUGCAGGUGACCGUGUUGGCUACCGCCGUGGUAGUUGGUGUCAAACUUGCAAGGACGUACUUGAAACGGUAACAAGGAAACAAGGCGUGCUAAACAUAGUUCUGUGUUUGUUUUGUGUUUUGUAUUGAAUUCUGUUGUUAUUGUUAGUGUUUAAUUGUAAAAUAAAAUACGAUAUCAAGCGACUAA